GCCAUCUCCGCCUCCGCCUCGCCUAGCUCGUCCAGUUCGCGGGAGACGCCGGGGAUGGAGCACGACCCGCAGGCCGCCCCGCCGCCCGCCGCCCAGGAGGUCGACGACUGGGCGCGCGACGAGGACGCCGCCGAGCCGAUGGCCGUGGACCCCCACCACGCCGCGGACGCCGAGGACGGCGAGGGUGUGGCGGAUGCCGCUCCUCCCGCGCCCCCGGCUGAAGAUGUUACGCAAAUCCAGUCAUCACUCCAGUCGUUGGAGUUGAAGACAAAUGCUGCUGCACAUGAGGAUGCUCAAGAGGUAGUAGAGGAGGAAAAGGAAACAAAAAGGCAUUUGAAUGUGGUUUUCAUUGGUCAUGUUGAUGCUGGAAAAUCAACUGCUGGAGGGCAAAUACUUUUCUUGAGUGGUCAAGUAGAUGAUAGGACCAUCCAGAAGUAUGAAAAAGAAGCAAAAGAUAAAAGCCGAGAAAGUUGGUACAUGGCUUAUAUCAUGGACACAAAUGAGGAAGAGCGACUAAAGGGGAAGACUGUCGAAGUUGGUAGAGCCCACUUUGAGACAGAAACUACAAGAUUCACAAUUUUAGAUGCACCGGGUCAUAAAAGUUAUGUUCCAAAUAUGAUAAGUGGUGCAUCUCAAGCUGACAUUGGUGUUCUGGUUAUAUCUGCUCGAAAAGGUGAAUUUGAAACUGGUUACGAAAAAGGAGGACAAACUCGUGAACACGUACUGCUUGCAAAAACUUUAGGUGUUUCUAAGUUGAUAGUUGUCAUCAAUAAGAUGGAUGAGCCUACUGUAAAAUGGUCUAAAGAAAGGUACGAUGAAAUUGAAUCAAAAAUGGCUCCUUUUCUCAGAGCUUCAGGGUACAAUGUUAAAAAAGAUGUUCAUUUCUUGCCAAUAUCUGGUCUUCUGGGAACCAAUAUGAAGACCAGGAUGGAUAAAAGCAUUUGUAGUUGGUGGGAUGGUCCAUGUCUUUUUGAAGUCCUGGACCGUAUUGAAGUUCCUUUACGUGACCCCAAAGGUCCAGUCAGGAUGCCAAUAAUUGAUAAGUAUAAAGAUAUGGGCACUGUAGUGAUGGGGAAAAUAGAGUCUGGGACUAUCAGAGAGGGUGACAGUUUGUUGGUCAUGCCAAACAAGACUAACGUGAAAGUCAUUGGCAUAAGCUUGGAUGAGCAUAAGGUACGCCGUGCUGGUCCGGCAGAGAAUGUCCGUGUCAAAUUGUCUGGAAUUGAAGAUGAGGACAUUAUGGCUGGUUUUGUACUCUCAAGCGUUGCUAAUCCUGUCGGUGCUGUCACUGAAUUUAAUGCUCAGUUGCAAAUUCUCGAGUUGCUUGACAAUGCUAUUUUCACUGCUGGUUAUAAAGCAGUAUUGCAUAUCCACUCUGUUGUUGAAGAGUGUGAGAUUGUUGAUCUCAUAGAGGAAAUUGACAUGAAGAAAAAAAAAGACGCUGAUCCCAAGAAGAAAAAACCAAAGAGGAAGCCUCUUUUUGUGAAGAAUGGUGCUGUUGUAGUUUGCCGCAUUCAGGUCAAUAAUUUGAUAUGUAUAGAGAACUUCUCUGAUUUUCCUCAGCUUGGAAGGUUUACACUUCGAACAGAAGGGAAGACUGUGGCUGUAGGAAAGGUUGUUGCUGUUCCUCCAGCUGGGAACCCAACAUUUUCAGCUUAAGCCAAUUUUGAACAGGAGGGAUGUAUAAUGAGAGCUUCUGGAAGCAAUGAGAUUGCUUGAGCAUACAUUUUUUCCAGCCCGGCUUGAAAAUCAUCAAUCAUUUAGGCAUAGCUGUUAUUAUUAAGAUGGGUUGCAUAAUUUAUAGCUCUGGUUACAUGUUUGAGAGGUUGUAAAAUUAGUAUGGGUGUAUCCCGGCCCUAACCUUCCAAUUUGAAUACCAGUGUUGCGAAGGUUUUUUGUGUGCACAAUCUUUUGCCCCUCCUGGGCAUCCGAACAAACACAAUUUUGAUAUGCUCACUUGAACCAGUUUGGUUCUUAUGA